AUGAGAAUCAUCGCGAUCCUUUCGGCCUUUGCUGCCACAGCUCUCGCAAUACCAGGCUGCCCAACCUCCUUCAUUCAACCAUAUGGCGAACUGCCAAAAGGUCGCACCUUCGCGCCCCGAGACAUCUUCCAAAUCAGCGAAAAGAAACCUACCGAAUUUUUCUCACCCGACAGCUGGGCGGGUACAACCGCAAGAGACAAAUGCACCGUCUUCAACAUACCCUUGGAUGCCGACAGGGCCAGAGGCAAAACCUGCAACCUUGUCUUCAACUUCCCCGACUACAAGCAAGCACCAGGUAUAUCCCGCAUGAUCGGCCCAGGCCACUUCAUGUUCCACCCCUUUGCCCACGGCGCUCGGGUUCCACUUCCCAUCGUUACAACUUGGAGUAAUAAACCUCCGCUUAGUAUCACACCACCGAUUACCAUAAAGCAGUUUGCUCCCCGCCAUAGUUACGUUCUUAGCUCGGGGCCGUGCUAUGUUUCUCAGGAGCAAAAGGGAGUAGUGGUGAGGAGCGGUAUGCUGUGCUCCAAGGACACUUUGUUGUGGUUUAAACAGAGCGACGACAGGUGUCCUAUGGGACUCUAUCUGAUCAUUUCCGAGCCGGAUGGUUCCGAUUAG